CCCCCCGCGCCGCCGCCGCCGCCUUCGCCGCCUCCCCGGCCCCGCGGCCCCUCGGCAGCACCGGCACCCCCGGCACCCCCGUGCUCGCUGAGUGCCCCAGCAACGACGAUGAGCGCGAGAGGCGCCAGCGCCGCCGCUCCAGGGCCGUGGACUCGUCGCUGCAGGGCCUCGGCUCCCCCGCGCCCAGGCCCGAGAGCUGGCAGCCCCCGCUGCCCCAGUGGAGCAACGCGCAGAUCGCGGAGCACUACAGCACCUGUAUCAAGCUCUGCAGCGAGAACAAAAUCACCACCAAAAAUGCCUUUGGGCUGCACCUGAUCGAUUACAUGACCGAGAUCCUGAAGCAGAAGAACUCAGAGCUCACCAACUUCAAGGUGGCAGCGGGAACCCUGGAUGCCAGUGCCAAGAUCUACGCUGUGCGCGUGGAUUCCGUCCACGCCGACACCUACAGGGUCCUGGGCAACCUGGGCAAGGACUCAGCCCCUGCCAAGGACCCGCAGAGCCCCGAGGAAGGCUCCAGCCCAGCCCCCGAGGCCGCCCGGAAGGCGCAGCCCAGGAAGAAACAAACCUUCCGAACCAUCGAGCACAACCUGAACAACAUCAACCUUCCCGAGGCCUCCCGCGGCUCUGAGGUGGAUCCCAUGUUCCAGAGGGCGGCCGCCUCCUUCGACGAGUGCAGCACGGCCGGGAUCUUCCUCACGGGGCUGCGCUCCCAGAGUUUCCAGAGCCGGCUCCUCUUCCACUCUGGGAUUAUCCCUCUGCCCUCCUCGGACACCCCGGCCCUGCCCAGCUCGGAUCCCGUCCCAGUGGCUGAUCUAAAAGCCCUGCUGGCCCAGUGCCUGGAAAAAACGCCGAUCUGCUCCUCCCUGGCCGGAUUCCAGUUCAGCAACUGGGAUGAGGAGUCCCACAGCGAGUCGGUGUCGGCGCUGCUGGAGAAGUUCCGGAAGAGCGAGCAGGUCUUUGAUCCCAACGUGGAGCUGGACAGCGACGACGGGGAGGGCGCUGCCCCCCCGGAAUUCCAGCUGGAAUCCCCCGGGAGCACGGCCGGAGAGAGGAUCGGGGAAUUCCCGGAGAACCUCGGCUCCUUCGGGAGCAGGAGGACUGACGGAGCUCCUUUGGGAGAGGGAGACAUCACCACCAUGAGCCUGCACCUAUCCAUGAAUCCCGGGGAAUAUUCCUACUUCAGCCCUCGCACGCUCUCCAUGUGGGCCGGCCCCGAGCACUGGCGCUUCCGGCCCCGCCACAGGCCAGACACCGGCUCCGAGAGGGAAUCCCGCCGGAGGAAUCCCAGGAAGGUUUUCGAGCUGGAUUUCGAGGAGGACGUCGACUUCGAGCCCCAUUUCCGUAAGACCAAGGCAUCCACAACUCUGGCCAAAUCCAUCCUGGAGAGCCAGAACGUCCGGAGCACCACGCUCCCUGCCGACUUCCACUACGACCCCAAGAACAUGGCACAGCUCUUCCUCAAACCCACGGUCAGGCUCAGCCAGAGCUCGGAGCCGGUGGGGACCUUGGAUAGCGAGGGCCGGAUUGGGGACUACGACUACAACAACCCCAGCGACACCUGCAACUUCUGCCCCGCGCUGCAGGACCCCGACAGCGACGACGACCCCGAUCCCGCGGAAUUCCAGGGCGAGGCCGGGGAGUUCAACCUCACCGCUCAUCCCGAGGCUCCGGAGCGCACCGGGAUCAACGGGGGUCGUCACCGGGAUCGUCAACGGGGGUCGUCAACGGUCGGGGACAUACCCACCUACGGAGAGCUGACCCUCAUCGCUGAGCCCCAGAAGAUCAAUAGGAUCGCCAUCCAGUACGCCAGGACCGCCAAGAAGAUGGACAUGAGGAGGCUGAAGAGGAACAUGUGGGAGCUGCUGACGGGAGCGGGGGAAGAGGUGGGAGGAGCCGGGGAAGAGCCGGACACGGCGGCGGUGGCCGGAGAGAAGGUCCUGAGUGACGUCACCAAGGAGCUGCUCCACAGGCUCCCCCCUGCCAUGGCCACCAACCUCUCCGUGCCCUUGGCCUUCGUGUGCCUGCUGCAUCUGGCCAACGAGAAGAACCUGAAGCUGCAGAGCACGGAGGACCUGUCGGAUAUCCUGGUGCAACAGGGAGACUGAUCCGGCUCUGGAGCAGCCCUGGGAUGAUCCCAGGCCGGAGCUCGGGCGUUCCCGGCGGGCUGGCCUCGCUCCGCACUCCUGCAGGGGC